ACCUGCCGCUCCCGCCCCGCCUCGCGGGGGAAAGCUGCAGCCCUCCACGCGGGCGUCCCUUCCGCUCGCCCACUCCGGAACCUUCUGUUCCGGCUCGGGUUUCCGCGGAGAGCGCUAGGCCAGCCAAAGCGGAAGUACCGUGCACGGGGGCGGGGCUAAGCGUGGCCAUGUCGGCGGCCCUGCUGCGGCGGGGCCUGGAGCUGCUGGGGCCGCCGGAGGGCCCCCAGGCCUCGACGGGCCAGGCCGCGACGAGCGGGGCUCCAGGGAAGCGGUCCCGGAGGGCGAAGGCGACCCAGGCCCGGAAACUGCGGAACUCGGCCAAGGGAAAGGUGCCCAAGUCCGCGUUUGCCAAGUUCCAGAAGCGAGAGCGAGCGUGUCAGAACAAUCUCAAAGUCAAUCUGAGGUUUAUGACCAAAUCAAGGAGCACCGUGGCCGACUCCGUGACCCAGCAGAUUGUGCUGCAGAACAGGGGCCGCAAGGCCUGUGACCGGCCGGUGAUCAAGACCAAGAAGAAGAAGGCAGAGGGCACCGUGUUCACGGAGGAAGACUUCCAGAAGUUCCAGCAGGAAUACUUCGGCAGCUAGGCCCCAGAAAGACACCCAGAGAGGCAGGGCUGCCUGCGGACCUCACAGCCUCCAGGCUGCCAGCACAGCCUGGGAGAGGGCGCCUGGAGCAGGAAGGAGGCUGGCAUGGAGCAGAGCCCGAGGCCCUGGGGAGGUUUGACAUCUGUAACUUAGCUUUUGCCCACAGGCCCCUGGCCGUGGGCUGUGGAAAGGCCAGUGACUAGGCCUGAGGAAGCGGAGGGUUGGGUGGGCUUCACAGCUCAAAUAAACUUGGGACUCACUCA